AUGCAUGACGAGUAAACAUGAAGGGUGUCUGUUUUUUGAAGCUAGAUUCUCGUAAAUUUCUCGUUUUUAGCAGAUGUAUACCCAAUUCAUCAUUCCGCAGGAGCUUGAAAUACCUCUCCUCGCUUCCUCAUUUUGUAUAUUCGGAGGAUCUUGGUUUUUAUCGAGCGAGAUUAUACAAACCCACAAGACUACGUAAUUAUUUUAGCCAAAAGACUACUGGACAAUCCAAGAAACAUGAAGAAGUACGGGCUACCGAGUUAUUAGAUUCCACCACUCAUCAGCAUCACACUACCACCAUAUUACAAAGAUUACAAGAUCUAGAGGAGUCGUUUCGUGUUCGGGGACAUUCUAUCUUGAGAUGGGGCUUAAGUGCACUUGUCAUUUCGGGAUUUGUUAUUUACAUUUUCCGUGAACCACUCAGGGAAAAUGUGGCAGACGAAGUAGCAGAUGUUGCUAGCAGAUCUCUAGCUGACGAGAAUGUUAUACAUAAGGCCAACGAAGUCACGAGAGCCGUCCUCCAAGAUAUUCUUCACGAUCCGGAAAUCACUAAACUGGCUGGUGCUUUCGUGAUGCAUGUCCUCCACAGAGAAGACGUAAAGUCUGCCGCUAUUCAGUUAACCCAACACGUCCUCAACGAUCCUUCGACCCUGAAGAAGAUCAAUGAACUUGCCAAGAGUACGCUUUUGAAUCUGGUGGUGCACGAAGAAACCAGAGCUUUAAUGUUGAGCUAUAUUAAGGCGCUGAUUCUGGAUAAAAGCACUAAAGAUGCGUGUAAAGUCCUGUUGGCGGAGCUCGUGAAGGAUCCGGAUGUGAAAGGAUUUAUGGCAGCGUCACUCGGUGAUCUGGUGACGUCGUCUGUUGUUAAAAGCAGUGCUGCGGAACUUGGAAAAAGCGUCACGCAUGAAGUUGUCAAUGACGCAAGAAUUCAGCAAGAGACUGGGAACUUUCUGUGGAGAGCCUUUAAGAACACUUUCACCUCCGGAUGGUUUGGCUAAGGGAUAGAGGAUGAUAUGGCAAAAAGUGAUGAAAGAAAAAGUGUUUCAUCGAAAAUUAUUUCUAAAUUUCGUGUACUUAACAGUUUGACUGGCAAACCUUAUUUAGGACAAGGCAGUCUGCUUUUUCCCAGGAAAUAAUUAAAAAAAGAUUUCAAAAGAGAAGUGCUUUUAUUGAAAAGUUAUUCGAUUUACUUGUACUUUACAGUUUGACUGGCGGUUUAAACUUUAUUUCAGGAAAUUUAGGCCACAAAUAGUCUUUUUCUCAGGUUUAUUGGGUGAGAAACACUUUUAAAAAAAAGUAUGAAAAUGCAUGUGGUCACCGAAUUAUUUAAGAAAAAAAAAACAUGUCCACUCGCAUUUCUUAUCUCAUCGUCAUCGCCAUGUUGCUGCAGGUAUAUCGUCACGAUAUAUCUUGUAUUUUAACGCAGAAAAAAUGCCGGAGAAAGAUAACUUUAUUUUAAAUACAUUAUCAUAUGUAAGUGACUUGAAAAUUACAUCGACAGAUGGGCGUCCAGAAAAAAAGGCAAAGGACUAUUAGAAAUAUUAAGUUUAUCCGAGGAAACCUAUAUGCUUUACU